AUGAUAUAUGAAGAUGAACAGUUACCAAUUCAAAAACAUGGUAAAAUAACAAUUAAACCUGAAUGUGUUAAAGAAUACAACGAAAAUAUGGAAUCUGUGGAUAAAACUGAUAUGUUACUAAAUUUAUCAUUGUUAAAUGCGUACUCAUCAUAUAAAACAGUUACUGGAAACCAUAUACCAAUAGCUCAGUUUCAGAUGGAACUAAUAAAACAAAUAAUAGAAAAAUAUCAUACUGAUCGUGUAACAAAAUCAAGACCACCAACUAAAGACCAACCAUCAAAACUAAUUGAUAGGCAUUUUCCAUCAGAAGUUCCAGCAACACAAUCUGGAAGGCUUGCCAGAAGAAGAUGCCAACUAUGUAAGAAGAAUAAUAAGAGAACUGACACUAGAUACAUGUGUACAGAAUGUGAUGUGAGCUUAUGCACAGCACCUUGGUUUUAA